UUUUAAAUGAAAAUUUUGAGAUGGAUGUAAUUGAAUCAAGCGGGUUUGAGCAACAAGUCUCAAAGAAACCAUCUUUCAUCCAUGAGUAUAUGGAUUUAGUGAAUAGUGGACAGAUUGAAUUCGAAAUUCAAGUGUUUGAUGACAACGGAAAAAUAAUAGAUUUUGAUGCCCCAGACUAUAAACCAAAGUAUUAUGAUUGGGACAGUAAUAUCAUUGAAGAAGACAAACUUGAAGCUUAUGAUUUAAUAGAUUUUAAUGAAGAAGUUAUGACGUAUAAAAACUAUGAUAAUGAUAACGAAGAGGUUCAUUUUAACAAUAAUAUGCUCACGUCCAUUAAAAUAAAUUCAAAAGUCGAGGAUGAUACGGAUUGUGAUAAUUGUAAUCGAUAUGAGACAAAUAAUCAAGUUGAACUGGAAGCUGAUGAUUUAAUAGAAAUUAAUGAGGAGGUUAUGAUAAGUUAUGCAAAUGAUGCUAAUGGUUGCGACAGGAUUCAUUUGAAGACCGAUAAUUCCCGUAAGUUUCAUAGCGUCACGGAUGACGUCAAUGUUUUAAAUCAUUCCUCAAGUUCUGAUUGCGUGUUUAAUAAAGCUUUGAUAAGUAUUGUUUCAGAGGUGAACAAGGUGGACGAAGAUCACAAUAAUAUGAAACGUGCCACAGAAAAUGUGAUUUCAGGCGAUUUGGAAGAGCACGUUUUAGAAGAUGUGUCAGUUGAUAUUGGAAUGGUUCAGGAGGAGCAAUAUUUUGGUAAACAAACAGUAGGUUACGAAGAGCAAAGAGCCUCGUUCUCAAUUUGCGACGACUUGGGAAAAAUUGGUCCCGUGUCGAAGGAUGAACUUGAACUUGUUUACGAGACGAGUAAUAAAACAGGUAAACAUGGUCGGGAAAAAUUCAACAGAGGCGAUCGCGAUGUUUACAAACGGACGGAAGUGAGCGAGAAAUCAGGUAACCAGCGAGUUUUGAAAGUAGAUGUUGCCAAAGUUAGUAAAAAAGAAAUCGGUGCGAAAAACAGUGCAAAGGACAAUGAUAUCUCUAUUUGGGCGAAAUUGCAUCUAAAAAAUUGGAAUUUUAGAAGAAAAUUAGGCACUGGAUGAAAAAUUGAUCUUCAAGUUUUCCAGUAA